AUGAAUCUUAGUGGAUAUUUUGGAAGUCUAACGCUUGAGAAAUGGUGGCUAGACUUCAAAGUGGCCUUUGUUCCGCCGAGCCAACCCACUUUUACUUUGAUAGAUCCAUCAGUUGACCUUCCAGCAUCUCCUCAAAGCUCAAUCAGCAUUAUCGUUUUCCUAAGCGGAAUUUCCAUCGCACGAUUCUCUUUGUGGAUGGUUGACCUCGCCAUUACCCAAGUGAUGCAGGAAGGAAUCCCGGAAUCGCAAAGGAAUACGGUAUUUGGCAUUCAAAAUGCGGUCAGCCAAAUAUUUUCCGUAUUGAAAGAUGUGAUGGUGGUUUUAUUACCGGAUCCAGCUACCUUUGGAAUUUGUAUAUUCAUUUCGUAUGCAUUUGUCUCUACAGGGUAUCUGUCGUAUUUGUAUUACCUUCUCAAAUCCAAAAAUGAGAAGGCGAUCAAAACAGAAAACCUGGAAGAUGUUGCUGAGGCUCUGAUGCUUCAACCUGUCGUCGAAUCG